AUGAGUAACACGUUAGAAGCUCGACAGGCAGAGGCUGCACAAACCUCUUCCUCUGCUGAAUCUUCUUCGGUUGCGAAUUCCUCCUGGGCUGCGGCGGUCUCUUCUUCGACACUUCCUUCUGUUGCUUCUUCCUCCGCAGGAGUGUCCGAUUCCACCAAAACGAGUACAAAUCCAUCUGCCACACCCGAUACAAGCUCUGUUUUGCCCACAGCAACCACAUCUUCCGGGCUCAUUCCUACCUCGCCGGCGCCGUCGUCAUCCAGGCCGCCUUCCAAUACACCCAGCACAACCAAUAUCCCAAACGGCAAUGCUCAAUCCUCAAGCCUUCAUAAAUCAGGUUAUUCUGGUGGAACUCUUGCUGGAGCAAUAGUAGGAUCCAUUGCAGGAACACUUCUCCUGGCUCUUCUAGCUUUCGUUUUGCUUCGCCAUCGCCGAAAGCGCAACCAUCCCGAUGCAAUGGCCCAAAAUUCCACCAUAUCUGUAACAACAGAAACCCCGAAACAACCCACACAGAUCCAAUCUCGCUCGUUUGGUGUUACUUCUGCUACUUCGCGCGACGCCUACCCACAGAUUGCUCCCGCUGUUGGGUUGCAACAUUUUGAUCUCGCCUCAUAUAUGCCGAUCCCGGCAGACGACAACACUGUGUCAACAAAGAUUCAAACGCUCUUUGACCAGGCCAGCCUACACAUUGACAAUUACUACUCCCAUGCCAAUCCAACCCUUCAGAUAACACCUGAAGUCGUGGCUUGCAUGAACAAAUUUGACUCACCGUUCCUCUCGUCUCCUCUGGCAACUCUACUCGCAAACCCAAGAUCCAAGAGAGCUGCUCUAACACACACCUUGGUAAGGGCCCUGCUGCAGGGUAUCCAACCAGGGAGUCAAACAUGGUCUCUCCUUCCACCAUGUUAUACAAUGAACCUAGACAAAAAAGAGAUUAGUGGAAAUAUGUUCGAUGACCAUCGCGCCAUGUUUGCCUGGCGUAUGUUAACGUCAGCGAUGUAUACUCGGAAUCAUGGGGGCCAGGGAACUACUCGAAAUGCAAUCCCCGCUCUCGUGGGGGAUUUUGCUACAGCAUUCGCCCCUUAUAUUGAUGCCAAUUUCACUGUGGAAGAUCAGCUCGACCAUCUGACCAGUGUGGUCCGGGCAGCCGCCGAUCUAGGUACUUGGUUGUUUUCUCAGCCGUGUUCUUUUGGGUUCCGAUGGACUUCCUUGGUCACUCCUUUGGAUCAAGUGAUUAUUUUCCCGGCUGUUUUCAAAGAUGGUGAUGAACAGGGGCGUCCUUUACGAGUGCCUCAUACCCUGGUGGAGGAGACUUCAGUACGAAUUUGA